GAAAAGAUACAAAAUUAGAUAAAGCAUCUAAUCGUUUAAUUGAAUAUUUUAAUCUUUUAACUAAUGCUAUGAUUUGUAAUCAUUGUAAGUAUAUUAGUGAUAUCGACAGGUCAUAUCAGAACUAUCCUUAUCCAAGCAGGUUUACUAAAGAGGAGUUUGUUAGAAUUCAUGAUAGAAUUUAUGCUUUUAGAAGUGAAGUUCUAUAUACGGAAGAUCAAUAUAAAGAACUAGAAAAAGCAUAUCAUGAAAUAUGUGAAGAAUUAAAAGAGGCUAAAUUAGAAAGUGACGAUACUGAAGAUAGUACUGAUGAAAGAGAUGACGAUAAAAAAAUUAUGAUUGAUACUUCUGUAGAUAAUGAUUUAAAUUCGUGA